UUUUUGCCUUGUUAUUUUGCAGUUCAGUGAUCCCGGCUUGGGUUCCUGGAAGUUGUGGUGCGUGAAUAAGCGAGAUAAAUUCCUUAUCGUAAUUCAUUGCAAGGAGUUAGGACCGACAUAAAAGCCACCAUGCACAUCACAGAGGACCAGGCAGCGGCGCUGGCCAGGCUGGCGCCCACUGAGGUCGGCCCUGUGACAGAGAGCGCCCUCACUGAACUGGAGAGCCCCGCCGAGGGGCCGGCGCGACCGCCGGACCGCACCCUGGCCGUGCUGGCCGUGCUGCUGGCGGCGGCCCGCGCCCCGCCCGCCGACUCGGCGCUGCUGGCCGCCGCUCUGCAGGCCGCCUCCGUGCCGCCGGACGUGCUGGAGCGGCUGCUGUCUGCUGCCGCCGAGAGCCGGCCGCGCGUGCGGCGCGCCCUGCUGGCCGGCCGGCCGGCGCCGCAGCAGCUGAGCGGUCUCAGCUGGCGGCUUGCGACCGUGGUGGGCAGUCGCGCGCUGCCGACCCAGCUGCGGCCCGAGCUGCUGCUGCGGCUGCAGCUGACGCAGCAGCCGCACCAGCUGUCGCUGCUGGUGGAACCGGCCGACUUGCGACACAUCACGGCCGAGCUGGAGCGGGCGCUGUCCCGGCGGCCGGCGGGACAUCGGCUCGGUCCAUCGGCCUCAGCUCCGCCACACUGACUGAAAUACCGCCAGCGGGACAGGACCGAGAACGGAGGUGCCUGCGACACCGCACAGACGGUGUGGAGGGGAUAAACUCCCAAAGCAACUUCCCACAGGCUGAGCAGGGGCAGUGACGGCGAAUCACUUACUAGCAACAUCGAGACUGAUCAAUGCGCUAGGGGACCACUGGUUGCUGGGGCUGCUCGGUGUGUAUUCUGUGCAGGGAUGGUAGACCACUGCGUCAACUAGACCGGACUCGAACCCGAACAGCCUCUGAUGCACCACUCUUGCGACGUCAUACGGACGUCGGCAGUCACGGGUGCGGAUCAUGAGUGCGAACUUUCGCGUAAAUAUCCCACUGAAAAAGUGAUAACAUCUUGCAUAGAUACAUUCAGAUGCAUGUUGUGUAUUGUGCAAGUGUUCGGGUUGAUACCGUAUUUGUACUUGGAAGACUUUCCAUUUCAAAUGAGGCAUGAGCAUCAAGGAAUGAGUCAGCUGGAGGCUGGAAGGACCUCGAUGAAUACGUGUGCCGGUUCUCAGACUAGCGCGGGCAUACCAGACACGAUGACCCCAGCUCUUAGCCAUGUGUGUCUUUUCGGCGUAUGAAACUUAGAAAAUGCCUGGAGGGCGGAUCGCUGCGUGCCUUUGUACCGAAUCUAUGAUAUCGAUAUUUAUCAAUAGCGAGCACCACAUUGUCUAGCUGGCAAUGUAAUUGACCAACCAUGUCAUGAAGUGGGCUGCCUUCUUAGAGCCUCUUUGUUCGUUGUGGUUUGUGAGCUGAAGGAGAAUGCAUGAGAUUAUUUUGAAGAUGAUUCAUUCCAUGAUUGUUGGUUAUGCUGGUUGAAAUUGCUUGAUGUCCGUCUUUCUUUCCUUGGUAUUUCGCUGUGGUUUCCUGAUUUAUAUUAGUUAACGUCUCGUGCUUUUAGUGGUCAUUCAUGAUAGUCUUGCUAGUCGUUUUGAUAAAUGAUAGGUAAUGACGGUGAUAAUCAUAAUGUCCAAUGCGAACGAUGCCAACUACCUACCAUUCAUAUAUCCGAUAAAGUUGUGUGACAUCCGAAUAACCGUGGCAUUGCCUUCUUUGAAUACACUACGUGCUACUAAGAAUCACAGUAGUUGUGUGUGGGCAUUGGCGGGGCUCAGAAUCGAUGUGAGGCUUAUCCAAGAACAACGAUCUAGGGAAGUGCCCAAUGAUGUCGGUCGAUAGCGAUGUUGAUGAACAAUGUGCCAUAUUGUUGUAACGUGCAGCUGAGGUGGACUAAACGGCCUUACUUGUAACUUGGCAUUCAACGCUAGCUGCUCUGUAUUUCUCAGCCAUGUAUGAGUCUGACUGAACGUUUCUAAAUUUGAGCGAGCUGUAAUCCGCUACUCCAGAGUCCAGACACUCGCGCCAAUGGCUAGUGCAGACCAGUUUCAAGUUCUGACAAUGUACAUACGUCAUGCCAUCAGCCAGCUGAUGCAGUGUACUCUCGCCCUCCCGUUCAUCGGUCCUUAUAGCAUGUCGCCGGUGGGUCGUGCGUUACAGCGAGGGACUGUGGUUCAGCCCACCUGGUGAAGACUGAACCCAGGAGCGAGGAGCGCUUCACCGGCUCAUCCGGCUCUGGAGGCUGACCUCCGUGGUCGAUUGCGACGUCACUGGUGUGUGAUCAGCUCCUCACCUGCUGCUGACAAUGCCGGAGAAGCGGCUGGUGCGACUGCUGCUGCAGCAGUGCACCUCCGCCCAGCUGGACCUCCGGGGGACUGACGCCGUCGGCGCAGAGUCAGAUGCUGACCUCAUACUGGAACGGUGCGGCGCUCCCGAUGACGACGGGCUUCUGAAGAUCGGCCCCGGCCUGGUACUCUUCGUCUGCUUCCUCUCGGGCUGUGACGACGCCACGGCUCGGCGCGCCGCCACCACCGCGCUCUCGGCUCGUCUGAGCGAGUCUGCUGCGGACAGUCGGCGUACAGCGAUCACCUCUGCUCCCGGCGACAUACUGGUGGUACCCCAGGCCACACUAGGCGGUCAGCUGAAGGGAAAGCAGUUCCAGUACCACGGUAACGUCUCUAAGGCGGACGGCGCUCGGCUCUAUGCGGUGUUUGUGGAAGCGCUGAGCGAGACAGCGGCGGAGGUCGACGGCUGGAGCCAGGCGGGCUGCAGGAUUCGGUGUGGCAGGUACGGGGCCAGGCAGGUGCUCAGUUCGACCACCAAUGGUCCGUUUUCACAUGUGAUAGAGUUGUGAGAAGGGAUGGAGUUCGGGUUCGUGAGAACUGAGUUAAGAUUUGUGUCUGCAUUUUGUGUUUUUGGUUUGAUUGAUUCCGUGUGAUUUUACUGAAUCGCUUACCGGUGUUAGAUUUGUCUUGAAGACGAGUCAUAUCUGACCUACUAGUGUAAAGUUUGACUUCAAUGGGUUCAAGGGUGGUGCAUCGCCCUAAAAAAAGUAUUGCUGUAGGCCGAUAUCACCCAGUGAUUCCUCCAACGCGCGUAAAGGUGGUCUCAUCUCCCAUUCCCCUCAAUCACAGCCAGUGAAUACAGUCAGCUCGCGGUA